CCGGAGUUGUCAAGAUUUUUUAUUUAUUUAUUUAUUUAUUCGUUUAUUUAUUUAUUUAUUACCUAUCUAAUUGCCGAUUUCAAUAACUAUUCACUAAACUAUAUUAUAUAAUAACAACAAUAAAUUGUCGGUAAAAUAUAUACUUACAGUAAAGCAUUACCUAUACACUUGAGAUUGUGGAUCGCGGUGUUGUAAAGUAAUAUAUUGUAUUAUAUAUUGUUUACACUCGACCGAAGCGGCCCGAAAUACAGAGAACAUUAUCGUUUGCCGCCAAACCGUAAAGCCAAAGAACCGGAAACGAAUUAACGACUACGAAGACAAUAUUAUCUUCAGGUUAUAUUGAACGCAACAAUACGUUUAUGGCAAUGGUGAUGUAAACAUGGGGGAACGACAAUACAUAAGAAGUCACCGACACAGUUGGUGGCCACCGAGACCGCCAUGGAUAACUCUGAUGUCGGUGUCAUUAUUAGUUAAUUUGGCGUACACUUCGAUAACCUGUGGCCCGGGUAUUAAAUCAGCUGGAGUAACUGUUCCGAGAGGCGAUAUUGUCAUUGAAUAUGGCACCGGCGUUCCCUUGGAAAUCACGUGCGUUUUAGACCCUGAUAAUGAGAAAGUGCGAAACCUAUUUCGGAAUGACACUGCCGACGGUGGUAAAGCUAUUACGCCGAGCCAGCGGAUCGUCUUCUACAAGAACGCCGAACGCGUGUCCAGACAGUACAUAACAAUUAUCAAUUCAACAGCGACUCAAUUGCUCAUCUCCGAUCCGCUGCCUGGUCGGGAUACCUAUUAUUGCACGCUGUUACUUGACGAACAACCACGUCCUAGCUAUGAUAAUGGCAGUGACGCACAGUUGUCUACGCAGUCUAGUGAUUCUUCGUCGUUUCCCACCCAGCCACCGACGAGCUUAGAAACUAGUGGACCCCCUUCACUGGUAUCGCAAGAAUCUGAGGUCGGGGUGUGCCUCAACAGCGUUGCCGUUGGAUUUAAGCCGGCUAUGAUUACAAAUUUUUCUUGUAUAUCUAAUAAUUGGGUAAGUUUAACAUGUAAUUGGACCAAACCAGAAAACCCAAUUAAAACAUCAUAUAAGUUAUUCUUCAGACUACCUGGUCGCGCUGGAGGCAGAACUAUUAUAAAUUGUCCUAAGGAUUCAGAUUCUAGAGAAAAUACUUGUUAUUGGGAUUUCUCUACUACGCCAAUAUAUAGACAACCGUACGAAUAUUAUUAUUUUACAUUAAUUGGUGACAACAUAUUGGGAAACUCAACUACAACUAUUCGUUUUCAUCAUUACGCCAAUGUUAUUCCCGCGAGCCCUAUUAAUAUAACAGUGGUAGAUAAAACUCAAUCUAGUGCCAUGCUAAGGUGGUCUGUAGGCACAAUGACAGCCUUUCCACGAGAACUAAUUCAUAAGAUUGAAUAUAAGUCUCAAUGGGAUUCCAAUCCUGAACAUUGGCAUUCUGUAAAUGUGAGUGACGUUUGUAAUUCGUCAUCAACGUCCAAUCAAACCAAUUCUUUUUCAAAUUGUCGGGAACGUGAUACAGACUAUUAUUAUUUUAAUGUAACUGAUUUAAAAUACCCGUUCACACAUUACGAUUUUCGCAUAUAUGUACGUUCUUCAGUUGCUCGUGGGGAGGACAAAUGGUCUCCUCCUGGCUGUAUAACUUUGAAAACCAAGCCUUCAAUUCCUAGAAGACCUCCUCGAACUGAUGUAGGAAGCUUUGAGUGUGUAACGUCACCUGUCGAUAAAUCAAAAAGAGACAUAUUCAUUUAUUGGCAGAAUAUUGAUGACAAUGAGAAAUGUGGUGAAUCAUUUGAGUAUCGUGCUUACUAUACUUCCACAUCUGCUGAUAACAAGACCAUAAUUCACCGCAGUAACGAAACAUAUAAGAAUUAUGCCAAGUUUGAAGGACUCAAUACCGACAUUGGGUACAAUUUUACUGUGUAUUCAUCAAAUAAAGAAGGUUUAUCAACUGAGUAUUCAACAAUUUUUGUACCCAGCGAAUCAGACAAACUUGACGAACCGUUAUCAUUUACAAAAAUGGCAUUUGAUGAACGAGGUGUAUUUGAACUUUCAUGGAAAAAUGCUAGUAGUCAAAAAUCAUUAGCAGCCAAUCAAGUUAAUGAUUAUACUAUAUUUUGGUGUGAAAAUGAUAAGGACCGUCCAUACCAGUGUAAUGGUUAUAUGAACUGGAUGCAUAUACCAAGUUCAGAAUCUUGCUAUAAUAUUACUGUAUCAGAUCAUAUGAAAAUAUAUCAGUUUGCAAUAAGUGCUAACAGUCAAAGCACAUUAAAGACUGGUGUUACUAGUGUUUAUCAACCCUCUUAUACAAGUAGUGGGAUGGUAUGGGCAUCAUGUACAGUACUACAUAAUAAAAUCGUCGGAAAAAUAAAAAACGUCUGGGUAAAUAUGAUUGGCUCGACAUCUAUGGAAUUGAGAUGGAAACUUGACUGCUCUGACAGAAUAGGCGCAGUUCUAGGAUUUCGUAUAUUUUACUGUCCUGUAGUAUCCAUAAAUAAUUCUGCGUGUAAAGAACCUAUGUUAAAUAAGACUGUUGGUGGUGAGAUGUCACAAGAUAGUAGAGGAAUAGCAAGCAUUACGGAUCUCAAGUCGUAUACUACAUAUAUGGUUACCAUUGCAUUAAUCACUAAACAUGGCGAAGGGUUACAUAGCGAUCCUUUGCUCAACACCACUCUAGAAGGAGCACCCGAUAUUCAAAAUCUAACCAUAAAUGUCACGGGAUUAACCAAUACGACUGUCUCUCUUCAGUGGUCGCCUCCUAAAUUCGCGAAUGGUAUUGUCCGUUACUACCAUGUUCAUUAUUAUUUGGACGAUAUAUUACAGCAACAAGAUUUGAUUGAUUCAUUUGACGAACAACAAGUCAUAAAUGAACAACGUCGUAUUACAGUUCAUGACACAAAGUGUCGUCUGGAUCACCUUGAAAGUUACAGAAGCUAUACAAUCACCAUCACUGCAUGCACAACAAUUUGUUCAGAACGUUCACUUCCCAUAAAAGUGCGAACAGCUGUAGGACAACCAGGAAGGGUUCCUCAACCAACUUUAAACUACGAAAACAGCACUAGGGUAGCUGUGUCUUGGCUGAAACCUAUGAAACCGGCUGGUCCAGUCGAUUAUUACGAAUUAAUUGUAGCACAUCACAGUGGACCCACAAAUUCACAAACUACAAAUGGCGGUUUUUCUUCGCCUAUCACUUUGGCUUCAACACAACUACAAGAAAAUAUGAACAAUUUCUUUUACCGCAGCAAUUCAAACGUGUUCCGUGUGCCUGUUCCCGAUUGUAAUAAUGAAGAAGAGAGAGGUCAACAAACGUUUUCAUUUUCUGUACGAGCUGUGAACAACAAUCCACUUGAUCCUCAUAGGCCAUAUUAUGGUCAAUGGUCAACUCCUGGAUCGGUCAAUUGUGUGUUGCCAGGUCUUCCUCUAGCGCUUCAUUUAGUCAUAUGGUCAUGUUUGUUCAUCGUUUUAUCCACUGUUUCCACGUACUGGGGUAACAGACUCUGGAGAAAAUACAAAGUUAUGCAUAACGUAGAAGUAGUUCUACCACCCACGUUGAAUAUCAAUUUCAAAUUUGAUCAUUUCAACAAUUUUGACGAAAACGAAUUGGACUCGGGUCAACACUAUUAUGUUGAGGACGGUCACAUAAUUUACGACAACGCUCCAACCGACGUUGACGCCGCCACCACUAUCACGUUCUACAACGGAAAUCCAUCCGGGUCCAAUCGUCGCAAAAACAGCAGCGUCAAUGCCAGUUCUGAGCGUCUGCCGUCGUCCCGGUGGAGUCCCGCGACGGCUUCGACAACCAUUACGGUGGCUGACGACGAAGACUCUUCUUCCAGCAAACACCAACUUAUAACACCGUCGUCAUCCUUGCCAAAAACGAAGAGCCAGAGUCUAAGCGACGGUAAUAGCGUGAAAAGCGAAGAAGAAGAAGUUUUGGAGGUGGUUCCGCCCACGGAACCAGUCUUGCCGUUCUUUUCGUUACCGGACACGCCAUCGAUAAUAACAACCGUUGCGAAGCCCGGCAAUACAAUGACGGCGCUGCACGGCAACAUCGGCCGCAACAGUAGCAUCGGCCGCAGCAGUAGCAUCGGCCGCAGCAGUAACAUCGGCUGCAACAGUAGCAUCGGCCGCAGCGGUAACGGCUACCAGAGCACCAGCAACGGUUAUCAGAGUAGCGAUAAAGGCUACCAAAGUGGCAGUAAAGGUUACCAGAGCAGCAGUAAAGGUUACCAGAGCAGCGGUUACGGUUAUCGAACCAAUGGUAACGGUUACCAGGACAGCCGCAUCUGCCAAGACAUCGCGAAAAACCGAUUGGUGGGCGACAGUCGCGGCGACGGUGUCGUUGCUCCCGCGGCGGUCAUCAGUUGUUUUGUGGGCGACCAGCGGCAGUCAAAUGAUAAAGACCUCAGCCGGUGUGGAGGCGGUAACUCAUCAACCGCUGCAGAUAGUGGAAGGGAAUUUGUAUUUCCCCCCGUGGAAUCUGUCACUGAUGAAAACCGCUCACACCAAGAACAGGAAAGUGAACUGUUACCUCGUCGCCUUGAUGAUAAACAACAACCGCCACUCAAACGGCUGCCACAACUACAACAAAACCGACACGACGGCUAUUGCGACAAACAAAUGAUGAUCGCAGUUGCCGAUGCAGCCGCCGCCGCCGGUCCUGGUAGAGUCAAAGGCUGCGAAACGACAUCACUAAGCCAACGACAGCAGCAACCGCUACCUCCGCUACCGUCAACGCCGUCGCCGCAAAAACUGCUACAAUCGCCGCCCCCGCCGCCGCCCCCGUCGCCGGCGCAACACCAACCACAUCAACAACCGACGGCGGCGACGCUUCUCGCCUCGAGCACCGCGUACGUCAUGUUGGACAUGGUGACCGCAGCGGCCGAGAAAAAACGACUACUCCACAUGGGCGGCGGACGGGUCGACUACGGCAAGCCCGUCGUCGUCGUCAAACAGCCCCCCGUAUUGGUGGACACGAGUUGCGGUACUUCCACUGCUCAAGUAUAAAAUAAAUAAUCGGUAGCAGUCUCUGUCUAUAAUAUUAUGAUAAUAUAUUACGUUUUUUAUGUGGA